UGAGCACCAUGGUGGCGCUGAUGCCUCCGUGCUGGUGGGACAGCAGGCACUGGGAGGUCCUCUGCCCCUCCCAGGUGCAGAGCCACCCCUGCAGCGCCCAUUCCCUAUGCCAGGCACAGAGGCAGGACGGAAAUGCCUCUUGAGUUAAUGCAGGCACUGUGUCCUGUCAGCUGCUGAGCUGCUAUGUCCAUCUUUAGCCUGCUCUCCAGUUACCAGCCACCUCCUCCAGCUGCCUCCAAAGAUAGGCAAAGCCACCUCCCAGCGCCUGGGCUGGAAGCUGCGGGGGAGCAGAGGGGGGCUCACGGGCAGGGAUGAGACGCGUGGGAUUUUUGUGGAAGGAGUGAAGGACACUGCAAGUACACCCGAGCUAUGGCAUCGCUGUGCUACAACAAGGGCUGCGGGCAAAGGUUUGAUCCUGAGCACAAUGUGAAGGAUUCUUGCCUGUAUCACCCAGGUGUCCCCAUCUUCCAUGAUGCCCUGAAGGGCUGGUCUUGUUGCAAGAAACGCACGACAGACUUCACAGAGUUCCUCUCCAUAAAGGGAUGCACAAAGGGGUUUCAUAGCAAGGAGAAGCCCCCUGAGCCUUUCAGCCAAGAGGAAACCUCAGACAAGCUGAAGGCCAAGCCAGUGGAGGAACUCAUUAUCCAAGGACCAAAAUCAGCUGAGAAGAUGCAGCAGGAAAGACCAAGCUCUGACGAGCCAAGACAACUGCUGCCAAUUAAGGUAUCCAGGUCUCUGGAGCAGUUGCUGAAGAAGCUGAACCUGUCUUCUGAGAAUGAGGCAUCGGAGGGCAGCUGUGCAGGGGAGGCGGCUGCCCAGGUGACAGCUGGCACCACCUGCAAGAACACAGCCUGCAAGGCGAUCUACCAGGGCCGGGAGAGCAAAACAGAGGUUUGUACUUUCCAUCCUGGUGUUCCUGUCUUCCAUGAGGGGAUGAAGUACUGGAGCUGCUGCAGAGUCAAAACAACAGACUUCAGUGCCUUCCUGGAGCAGUCCGGCUGCACCAGCGGGCAGCACUGCUGGAUAGAGAAGGGGGACAAGAAGGCGGUGCCGUGCCGGCAGGACUGGCACCAGACCAGCAGCCAGGUGGUAGUGACAGUCUACGCCAAGAACCCCCUGCCUGCCCUCAGCAGCGUGAAAUCCAACCGCACCACAGUUGAGGUUUACAUCACCUUUGAAGGGAAUAAGAUUUUCCAGGCAGAACUGGAUCUCUGGGGGGUCAUCAAAAUAGAGAAGAGCUUUGUGAGCAUGGUCCCUGCAAAGGUGGAGAUUACACUUUGUAAAGCCAGCCCUGGCUCCUGGGCCAGGCUGGAGCUCCCCCAAAGCAGGUCGCAGUCCCGUGGUGAGCAGAAGGAGGCUGCCAGCUUGGAGGAGUCCGGGGCGGUGCAGGGGGAGGACUCAGAUGACAGCUUGAGCUGGUCGGAGGAGGAAGACGAGGAGCUGGACACGGGAACACCGAGCAAUUGACAGUCAAGUGUUUCAGCAGCUGAACAGUGCUGGCUCCCGAGCUGCCGGGGACCCCAGCACCAGCUCCAGAGCUGGCUGCAGGCUCCAACACACCCUCUCCCCUGGUCAGCAGGGGCAAGUAAUAAAAAGCAAGAGCAAAGGU